UCUCUCAGUUUCUCUCUCUGUGUCGAAAUGAAGAUGCUUUAAAUCUAACUUUUUUUUUUUUUUGGUACUAGCAUCAUUCAUAACCAUAAAACCAUAUCCUUCACGCUACAAACGCUUCUCCUUCUCUUUAAUCAUCGUUUUAUCUCCGUCACUUCAUGUUCCGUUACCGUUAACGGCGGGAAAUUUUCUUUAUCUCCGGUGACCGUGCUUUUUCUGAUUCCAGGUGUUGCCAGCUGUUUUUUUUGGGGAGAAUAUUUUUUUUUAAUUCCUUUAUAGUUAGUUAUAAGUCAGUUUUGUCUGCUUGGAUUUUCAUUUAAAAAAAGAGGAAUUAGGUUUCUUCCGAUAGAGAAAGGGACUUGAUUUUGGACAAAGGCAUGUGUCUGAGUCUUUUCUUCAAGCUCCGAUCUUUAAGUUAUGAAUUGGGUUUGAUUUUGAUUUCUCCAAUUUCAGUUCUCUUCUUGUAAUCGAGUUUGUGAUGGAAGCUAGAAUUGAAGGUGAAGAAGAAGGUCACAGUUUAGAAUAUGGGUUUAGUGGUAAAAGGAGUGUAGAGUGGGAUUUGAAUGAUUGGAAAUGGAAUGGUGAUCUAUUCGUUGCUACACAGUUGAAUCAUGGCUCAUCGAACAGUUCUUCUACGUGUUCUGAUGAAGCAAUUGUCGAAAUCAUGGAGAAGAAGAAGAAAAGAGGAGCUGUUACUGUGAUAGCAAUGGAAGAAGAUAACUUGAGGGAUGGUGAUGAUGAUGCUCAUAGACUUACUUUGAAUCUUGGUGGUAAUAUUGAGGGAAAUGGUGCGAAAAAGACGAAACUUGGAGGAGGGAUUCCGAGUCGGGCGAUUUCUUGUCAGGUGGAGAACUGUGGAGUUGAUUUAAGCAAGGUUAAGGAUUAUCAUAGACGUCAUAAGGUUUGUGAGAUGCAUUCUAAAGCUACUAGUGCACUUGUUGGAGGAAUUAUGCAGAGGUUUUGUCAGCAGUGUAGUAGGUUUCAUGUGCUUGAAGAGUUUGAUGAAGGAAAGAGAAGUUGUCGUAGACGUUUGGCUGGGCAUAAUAAGCGUAGAAGGAAAGCAAAUCCUGAUACUAUAGGCAAUGGGAAUCCUUUGAGUGAUGGUCAAACAAGCAAUUAUCUGUUGAUUACUCUCUUGAAGAUACUCUCCAAUUUACAUUCGAAUCAAUCAGAUCAAACGGGUGAUCAGGAUCUGUUGUCUCAACUUCUAAAGAGUCUUGUAAGCCAAGCUGGUGAACAUAUAGGGAAGAAUUUAGUUGGGCUUCUACAGGGUGGAGGAGGAGUCCAGGCUUCUCAAAAUAUUGGAAACUCGUCGGAUUUGCUUUCACUCGAGCAAGCCCCUCGAGAGAAUAUAAAGCAUCAUUCAGUGCCUGAAACACAUUGGCAAGAAGUGUUUGCCAAUGGUGCUCAAGAGACAGCUGCCCCGGAUAGGCCGGAGAAACAAGUCAAAAUGAAUGAUUUUGAUUUGAAUGAUAUCUACAUAGACUCAGAUGAUACUACAGAUAUAGAGAGAUCAUCAGCUCCUCCCACAAAUCCAGCAACUAGUUCUCUUGAUUAUCAUCAAGACUCGCGUCAGUCUAGUCCACCUCAAACUAGUAGGAGGAAUUCAGAUUCAGCUUCUGACCAAUCACCUUCAAGUUCCGGUGGAGAUGCUCAGAGCCGUACUGACCGGAUUGUGUUCAAACUAUUUGGGAAAGAGCCGAAUGAUUUUCCAGUUGCCUUACGAGGACAGAUUUUUAACUGGUUAGCUCAUACUCCAACUGACAUGGAGAGCUAUAUUAGACCUGGUUGUAUCGUUUUGACCAUUUAUCUUCGUCAAGAUGAAGCUUCUUGGGAAGAACUUUGUUGUGAUCUGAGUUUCAGCUUGAGGAGGCUUCUAGAUCUCUCAGAUGAUCCUUUAUGGACUGAUGGGUGGAUUUAUCUUAGGGUGCAAAACCAACUCGCAUUUGCGUUUGAUGGUCAGGUUGUUCUUGACACAUCUUUACCUCUGAGAAGCCAUGAUUAUAGCCAAAUUAUUACUGUUAGACCGCUUGCUGUAACAAGGAAAGCUCAAUUUACAGUAAAAGGCAUCAAUCUCCGUCGACAUGGCACAAGGUUACUUUGUGCUGUAGAAGGAACAUACUUGGUUCAGGAAGCAACACAAGGAGUGAUGGAAGAGAGAGAUGAUCUUAGGGUGAAUAAUGAGAUUGAUUUUGUCAAAUUUUCCUGUGAGAUGCCUAUUGCAAGUGGUCGAGGUUUCAUGGAAAUUGAAGAUCAAGGCGGGCUAAGCAGUAGUUAUUUCCCUUUCAUAGUAUCUGAGGACGAAGAUGUUUGUUCUGAAAUCCGAAGACUCGAAAGCACAUUAGAGUUUACCGGUACUGAUUCUGCAAUGCAAGCAAUGGAUUUCAUCCACGAAAUCGGUUGGCUUCUUCACAGAAGUGAACUCAAGUCAAGACUUGCAGCAUCAGAUCAUAAUCCAGAGGAUCUGUUUCCUUUAAUACGGUUUAAGUUUCUAGUAGAGUACUCAAUGGACCGGGAAUGGUAUGCUGUGAUCAAGAAGCUAUUAAAUAUACUAUUCGAAGAAGGCACUGUUGAUCCAUCUCCUGAUGCUGCGUUAUCAGAACUGUGUCUUCUUCACAGAGCCGUAAGGAAAAAUUCAAAACCCAUGGUUGAGAUGCUUCUAAGAUUCAUUCCCAAGAAGAAGAACCAGACAUCAUCCGGUUUGUUUAGACCCGAUGCAGCUGGUCCAGGCGGUUUAACACCGCUUCACAUUGCAGCUGGUAAAGACGGGUCAGAAGAUGUGUUGGAUGCUCUUACUGAGGAUCCCGAAAUGAUUGGUAUUCAAGCUUGGAAGAUUUCCCAGGACAAUACCGGAUUCACACCAGAAGACUACGCACGUUUACGAGGUCACUUCUCAUAUAUUCAUCUGGUGCAACGGAAACUCAAUCGGAAACCAACCGCCGAAGAACACGUGGUGGUCAACAUUCCUGAGUCUUUCAACAUUGAGCACAAACAAGAAAAGAGGAGUCUAAUGGAUUCUUCAAGCUUGUCGAUAAGUCAGAUAAACCAAUGUAAGCUCUGUGAUCACAAACGUGUGUUUGUCACCACGCAACACAAGUCUCUUGCCUACAGGCCAGCGAUGCUUUCGAUGGUAGCGAUAGCAGCGGUUUGCGUUUGUGUCGCCCUUUUGUUCAAGAGUUGCCCGGAAGUGCUAUAUGUCUUUCAGCCGUUCAGGUGGGAAUUACUUGAAUAUGGAACAAGCUAGUAAAGGUCCUCUCUAUACAUUGAAGAAGAAUCUUCUUAAUUGAAGAUGUGUUGUUGUGAAAUCUAUUAGUGUGUUUUUUUAAUGUAACUUUUAAGUUAUUUUUACGAGAAUCUAUAUUAUGUAUCUUUACAUGAUUACAUGUAUGUAGCUUAUUUUGAUGGCAAACCCCGAAUAUGUGUGUAUGUUUUUGCAUAAUUGUGUGUUUGUCACAUUUUUUUUCUC